UUGGCGCUCACCGGGAUAGUUAGCCCAGGACAACCAUGUCAUAAGUUUACUUGUACAAUGGAACGUCUCACCAUAGCGUACGUGAUUCAUAGAUACUAUAGCUACCCACAAGACUCAUGGUUGGAGAUGUAGAAUGGUGUGCGAUUUCUUCCACCCAAAUGUUGGAGGGGUGGAGAAUCACGUCUACAUGCUGUCCGCAAAUCUCAUCCGACGCGGUCACAAAGUUAUAGUGAUAACUCACUCUCACCCGCCAUCCCGAGUGGGCAUACGCUGGCUAGUGCCUGGCCUCAAGGUAUACCACAUACCUCUGCGGACAAUCGCAUCCUCCGCCACGCUGCCAAAUUUCCUCUGCUGCCUCCCAUACUUCCGAACUAUCAUAAUAAGGGAGAGUGUACAACUUAUACACGCUCAUGCAUCUCUCUCGAGUAUGGCCCACGAAGGUAUUCUACACGCUCAUCACAUGGGCGUGCGAACGGUGUUCACGGAUCACAGCCUGUUCGGGUUUGACGACGCUGCGUCAAUUCUGACGAACAAGUUGCUCGAGGCAGCGUUACGCAAUGUAGAUAGGGUAAUAUGUGUGUCGCACACCGGACGCGAGAACACCGUACUGCGCGCGAGGCUGCUGCCGGAAACGACGUAUGUCAUCCCAAACGCGAUCGUUGCAGACCAGUUUAAGCCUGCCGAGCAAGACAAUGCAGUCACCAUCGUCGUUGUCUCGCGCCUGGCAUAUCGCAAGGGUGUCGACCUCCUUGUCGCGGUCGCACCUCGCAUUUGUAAACUAUUCCCCAACGUUAGGUUUCUUGUUGGUGGUGAUGGUCCGAAAAUGAUUGAUCUCCUUCAAAUGCGAGAGAAGCAUUCGCUUCAAGACAGAAUCGAGCUUCUUGGUAGUAUCAAGCCAACCAACGUUGGAAAUGUAUUAACUCAGGGCCAUAUAUUCCUGAACACGUCGCUGACCGAAUCCUUCGGUAUUGCCAUCUUGGAAGCGGCGUGUGCAGGCUUGUACGUCGUGAGUACUCGAGUUGGCGGUGUACCUGAGGUUCUACCUCUUGGAGACAUGAAACAGGGAAUGAUUAUGUUCGCUGCGCCAGAGGAAGAUGAGCUGAUCCGCGCGACAUCCCACGCUAUUCGGCAUGUUCUUUCGGGAUCCCAUUCCCCACUAAAAGCGCAUGAGCGUGCCAGGGGCUUUUACAGCUGGGAAGACGUUACGGAGCGGACUGAACGCGUCUAUGCCGAUGCGAUGGCAACCGAGCCCCACGAUUUUUGGACAAGGGUCGACAGAAAUAUGAGUCUUGGUCGCUACUUUGGCCCUAUCGUUACCAUUAUCUUACUGGUGGACUGUCUGUUCUUCGCGUUUUUGGAAUGGUGGCUACCUCAAAAGGAGGUGGAAAAGGCAGAUGUAAAAUGGGAUCCUGACCAAUUCCGGAAGGUAAUAUCCGAACACGAUACCGUUCGCCGUCGCGCCGCUGUUGACGAGUAGUCUAGCUUAGGUAGAUAAGGCUGGCUUUAGCUAGGACGCCAGCCGAUCAAACCCUUUCGCCUCUGCCAUCAGUCGGAAGCAAUCCAUCGGAGAUAGCGUCAGGUGUGCGCCACCUAUCGGUGCUCCUGUGAGCCCGCGAAUGAUCUCAAGGGUUCAUCAUGCAAAGUCCACGUUCGACUUUUUUCUUUGCUGACUCCUCUUAUCCCACGUGACGCAGACGGGACGUAUUUAUGCCGCACCAUGAAUCCAAUCUUCCUGCGGCCGGCUCUUACUCCCACUAUUCCAGCAGAACUCAGGUCGCGUAUCUCCUAGGGAUAAGCGAUGCAUAACGACAAGAACGCAGUCCGUACGGAUGUGCACGACGAGGAGAAGAUCUGGGUGCCAGCGCUGGACAAAAUUCCACCGGGAUCGGAUCCGGUAGACGAUGCGGCCAAACCUCGAGCAAGCACUUUCUCUCUGUUCGAGGGGAUGACAUAUCUCCUCACCCGGUAUGGUGUCGAGACGACUGGGUGCGAGUAGCGAUCUUUCUUUUGCAUAUUCUCCC